AUGUCGCUCUACAACGCCAUCGUGGUACCACUGUCUGUGAUAAGCGGGCUGUGGAUACCAUGCAUCCUUUUAUGUUGCAUCCCAUGGGUGCAAAAGCAGAUGUUGUACCUGCAUUGGGUGACCUUGUUUCCUGGAAGGUGGCUGGCUGAGCCUGAAAGAGCCGGUUUUCUCAAAAACCAGGUGGCUCCCUUUCGCAUCCCGACGAAAGAUGGGGAGAGGUUGUUCGCAUGGCUCGUUGCACCAAUUGGUGUGUACUCGCGCCAUGUGCGAGCUUUCAUUGAAGAGGCGCCAGCACAGGGUGACAUAGAACGGAAGCAAGUCUUCAAGCUAAUAAAAGAUGAUCCAGAGGCGCGAUUGGUGAUAUAUUGUCACGGAAACACCGCCACCGUGGCCCAAGGUCGGAGGACUGAGGAGUACCGUAUGUACAGCGCCGGCGCCUCUGAAAAGAUCUUCGUCUUGGCUUUCGAUUACCGCGGAUUUGGGAAAUCCACCGGAUCGCCAACGGAGCCAGGUUUGAUUAACGAUGCGGAAGCGGUUGUCGAAUGGGCUCGAGGAACCGCGGGCAUUUCGCCGGAUCGCAUUGUCCUCCUAGGCCAUUCUUUGGGAACAGCGGUCGCAACUGCCAUAGCUCACCGAUACGCCAACCUUGCUGUCCCGGUUGAGUUUGCCGGGCUCAUCCUUUGCGCAAGCUUCACAAAUACUGGGAGCGCCUUCGCCUCGUACUCCAUCGGAGACGUCAUACCCCUCCUAGCGCCCGUGAAACUUAUUCCUCCUCUACAGCAGUGGUUCAGACGACGGUUCAAGGAUACUUGGCGGACCGAUCAAAGGCUUGCGUCGCUCGCCAAGCAGUGCGAGAAUCUGCGGCUAUUGCUUGUUCAUGCUGAGAAUGACGGAACGAUGCCUUGGGACCAGACGGAAGAGCUAUUCACAACAACGCUCAGAGCUGCGACGGAUCAGGCGGGUCCGAAUCGCGAGGUCGUGGAUCUGGGCGAGGCGGGGAAACAAGAAGUCUGGCGGCAGGGUACCCGCAGCGUCAGCAAGCUCAUCGCAAAGCACGGCGGUAAGUGA